UGCAAUUAGGCGCCAACUUUCCCGUUAGAUUUUUCGUGGGUAGAAGUGGAAAAUUUUUUGGAAUCGCUUAUCUUCUAGGUUGAACGCUCGUCCCCCAAAGCCUCCUGCGUUAAGCCGUGCGAGAGAAUAGUGGAGAAAUUACACCUCUAAUCGUAGAUCUAUUUUGACGGAAGCCAAACACUAAAACUUAACCCAAUAACGUUUUGGCCCAAAAACGUGGAUGGCAAAUAGGCCCAUUGUAAAAAUAUAAAUAGUAAAAUGAAAAGGAAUAAUGAACAUGUAAGAUGGAGUGUUGAAUAACGGAUGAAAUGGAAGUGGACUCAUGUUCUUGUCAAAACCACUGUCCCGUCGUUUCUGUGAAAGCGCCGCCGGAGAUCAAAUUCUCGCCGCCAUCAUUCAAAACCGGCCGUUCGACGCCAGCCUCCUCCUCCCCUCACCCAAUCGUUCCGUGUGGACUACCGACACAGUCUCCGAGGUCCUACGCUCCAUUCCCAGAUUCCUCUUCCGGUCACCCAGAUCCAUCGGCCGGCAGAGCGGCUUCCGCCAUCGCUCCCCUUUGAGACAGAGAAAUCUCAGAGAAGAAUCCGACAAGGCUCGCACCGGAAAGCUCCUCCUCGGCCCGGCUGCUUACAGAGACCCCGAAAAAGUGAAGCUUGGUCUGGAAAAAGCGUUGGAAUUCUUCGAUUGGGUCGAGACCCAUUCCGGGUUCACCCACGAUGAGCUCACUUGCAGAGAGAUGGCCAUCGUUCUCGCCAAAGGAAGCGGAUUGCUGAAACCCCUCUUGUUCUUCCUCAAGAAAAUGUCGAAGAGAGGGCUGGUCACCACACCCACCAUAACCUGUUUGAUAAAAGUCCUAGGAGAAGAAGGGUUAGCAAAUGAAGCCCUUUUCACCUUUUACCGAAUGAAACAGUUCCACUGCAGACCAGACGUCCACUGCUACAACACUCUCAUCUACGCUCUCUGCAGAGUUGGGAAAUUCAAAAAGGCCAAGUCUUUGCUCCAGCAAAUGGAGCUGCCCGGAUUCCGCUGCCCGCCAGACAAAUUCACCUACACGGUUCUCAUCAGCUCCCACUGCAGGCAUGCCAUGGAAACCGGAUGCAGGAAAGCCAUAAGAAGGAGAAUGUGGGAAGCGAACCACCUGUUUCGUCUCAUGCUGUUCAAGGGCUUCGUCCCUGACAUUGUGACCUACAACAGCCUCAUAAACGGCUGCUGCAAGACCUUUAGGAUUGAUAGGGCAUUGGAGCUGCUGGGGGACAUGGAGAAGAGGGGCUGCGACCCAAACCGGGUCACGUACGGUUCCUUCAUCAGAUAUUACAGUGUGGUGAAUGAGGUUGAGAAGGGGGUGGAGAUGAUGAGGAGGAUGGUGGCAAGGGGCCACGGCGUGGCCACAAACAGCUGCUACACGCCGCUGAUUCACGGGCUGUGUGAGGCAGGAAGGGCGGCGGAGGCGUGGGAUUUGGUGGUGGAGUCGGUCAACGGCGGGUCAAUCCCAAGAGAGCACACAUACAGUAUGGUCAUCAAGGGGUUGGAAGCAGCAGGGGAGAUGAAGCAUUUCUUGGAUGGUGGUGAAGUGUGUUCCAGGAUUGAAGAAGGCAUUCGCUGCAGAAGUGGUGAAGCAGAGAAACACAGGCCUUUCUUUGCCCGGAAACAUGCCUUGUUCUAACUUCUAACCUUUCUUGUUUUCCUCUCAAUCCACAAAAGAGAAAAAAAUAUAAUCUUUAUUCCCUCUACCACAAAUCUACAACCAAACUAAACAACAUUUUAAAUA